CUAUGCUGACGACAAAACGUCCCCUAUAAAGAAGAUAUCACGCAGUAGAACGGGCGAGAUUCCUUGCACCUGCAAUAUUAAGAGUGUGCAAGUGCUUCGCGUAACACAGAGAAACAAUAAGAAGGUUUAUAUAGGAAGCUGUUUAGGCCACUCCUCGACGGGCGCAACUACAUACCUAGCAAUCGAUGACGACACAGGCGAGCGAUUAAUUGCCAAAAAAUGGCUCAUACCGCCCGUCUGUGACUUCCAAUCACGAAAUAAACAAAUCACCUCCCUACAGCAAGAAUUCAAAUCGACAUAUCGACUCGUCCACCCCACCCUAGUACCGUACGUUGCCAUGGAAACCGCCAAAGAGGUCGUCAAACGCACGCCAAAACAAUGCAUUUACAUUUUCCGCCCUUUCAUUCUUGGUAUCUCUCUCAGAAAUUUGAAAAGGAAGUUUAACGGAUUCGGUGGUAAGCAUGAAGCUUUGAAAUUGCUAAGGAAUGUGGCGAAUGGCGUUUUGAGCGCGUUAUCAGAGUUGCAUAGCACGGGGGUGUUCCAUAGGGAUAUAAGGGGGGAGAAUGUGUACUUGGAUGAUUGUGGAGGAGUGAAAUUGGUGGGCGUGGCGUUGGACUCGCGGUUGGCUGAGAUGUUGGACUGCGAUGAUUAUUGUGAUAGGCAGACGGCGGCGCAAGAUAUAUACGCCAGCGGGCAGCUGUUUCUCUCUAUAGUAAGUGAAGAACGAACAUGUCUAGACCUACCUGAGGAAUUGCCUGUUAUUGCUAAGGAUUUCUUAUCUAGAUGUUUAACGGAAGACGAACAUUCACAGUGGUCAGCUAAACAACUACUGAAUCACAUAUUCCUAGUAGACGUACCACCUAAACAGCCAAGUAAAAAGAUCAAAGAAGAUAGUGGGAGUGGAUCUGAGGAUGAAGAUGCAGUGAAUAAGAUUCAUCAACACGUUAAUCCGCCGACGAACGGCCAUUCACGGCUCAACGCGGAGUUCGAAGUACUCGCGUGGCUCGGGAAGGGAGCGUUCGGCGAUGUUUUGAAGGUAAAAAACAAACUCGACGGCGGUUUUUACGCGAUCAAACGUGUCGAGUUGAACCCAGAGAGCGUACAGUUGAACAAGAAAAUUACGCGCGAAGUUAAACUCUUAUCCCGUUUGAACCACGAGAACGUCGUUCGAUAUUACAACGCGUGGAUAGAAUCGAGCACGGAAGCUACAACUGAGGAGAGUGUAGUGGCCAAAAGUCCCACGAAAAGGCCGGGCGAGAGCCUCGCGUGCGUAGUGGCCAAGCUGGGGCAAGAGGUCAAGGUAGAGUGGUCGAUGUCGGAAGGCCCCGUGCAGAAGACUAACACGUCGUCUGACAGCGAAGAGGACGAUGAUGAUGAUGAACCGGAUCCUUGGUUUAAUAUCAUGAGCCCGGAAGACGAAUCAAGCGAAUGCAUACAAUUCGAAAAGAACUCGAACGAAUCUCACACGAUACCCUCAGAGGAUGUCAUAGACGCUCCCCUACCACAAUCAGAAAAGUUGAAACAAGUACUCUACAUCCAGAUGGAGUUCUGUGAGAAACACACUUUACGCCACGCCAUAGACAACGGGCUGUAUCAAGAGCAUUUCAGGGCGUGGCGACUGUUCAGAGAGAUUGUGGAAGGUUUGGCCCAUGUCCACCAACGAGGCAUGAUCCAUAGAGAUUUGAAGCCUGUGAACAUUUUCUUGGACUCUAACGACCAUGUCAAGAUUGGUGAUUUUGGCUUGGCAACGAAGGCGUUUAGCGGGCUGCUGUUGGAUGAUAAAACGAAGAAUCAAGAAGAAGUCGGCGGAUCUCUGACUGGUCAGGUAGGCACAGCGCUAUACGUAGCGCCUGAGUUACUUCAGCGAACGUCCAAAGUGAUAUACAAUCAGAAGGUGGACAUAUAUUCGCUGGGAAUCAUUUUGUUUGAGAUGUUCCACCCGCCGCUGGAGACGGGCAUGGAAAGGAUGAUGAUACUCACAAACUUAAGGACUAAGGAUAUAACGGUGCCGAGGGAGUUUGAGGUCGAAGAUAAUGCUAAGCAAAUACAUGUCAUUAGAUGGCUACUAAACCACGAAGCGAGUUUGCGACCGACCUGCGCGGAGCUCCUAUCGAGCGAGCACGUACCUCGCCCGGUGCCAGAAGGCGCGUUGUCCGGGCUUCUGAGCCACGCACUCAGCGACCGCGGGGCGAGGGGCUACCAGAGGCUGGUCGCAGCUUGCCUAGACCAAAGGCUAUCACCGGCUGAGGACUAUACUUACCAUAACGGCAUGAAGGUCAAGCCGGGUGAGACCCUGGCCGCUGUUAAGGAUGCUGUUAUAAAGGUUUUCCGGAGUCACGGCGCGAGUGAGUUCUCCCCGCCGCUGCUGAUGCCUCGCGCGAAGGCGUGGGACCAGCACCCGAACGCGGUGAAGAUCAUGACUGCCUCGGGAUACGUGUGCCACCUGCCUCACGACUUGAGGCUGCCCUUUGCCAGGCAUACGGCAUAUUCCGGCAUAAAGAGCAUGCGUCGUUACGUGGUGGACAGAGUGUAUAGAGAGAAACACGUUCAAGGGUUCCAUCCCCGAGAGAUGAUAGAGUGCGCCUUCGAUAUAGUCACGGCUAAGACAGACUAUUCAUACUCCCUGUGGCCUGACGCGGAGCUUCUAGUAGUAGCGAGUCGGGCGGCGACGGAGAGUUCGCUCAAAGUGUCGAUACAGCUGAACCACACGGAACUCGUACGCAUACUGCUGCAGUCGUGCGGAGUGCCGCUCGACAAACACGCUGAUAUAUACCCCGUGCUCGUGGAUGUUAGCUUUGGUCGCAUAACAAGCUUGCAAGUACAGACCCAUCUGACAUCACUCUGUAUAACGAAACGUGAUGUUUCCAACCUCCUUCGUCUCAUGGAGGCUGACGUGCCAGUGUACGAAGUGAGGGAACUUGUCACGCCAGUUGUCAAGCAAGCCAAGUGGAGCAAGACAGUGGCCCAGGCGAUACACGAGUUGGAGACUGUGUAUAGGAACGCUAAGGCACUUGGAUGUGAGUGUCCAAUGACGGUAGCGCCGUUCCUGGCGUACAACGCGACGCAGCACAGCGGCGUUUUCUGGCAGAUGGCGAUGGCGCGACACGCGGACCACAAGCCCAGCGCCAAGCACAGGGCCGGGGACCUCAUCGCUGCUGGGGGCAGAUACGACGCCUUAGUAGAGGAGUUUUGGAAAGUCGCCCGUACUGAAAGAGACGACAAUUCUGAUAUGAACACCAGUUCCGUAGGGUUCUCAAUGUCGUUGGAGAGGAUGGCGGCCAUAUUGAAGAAGAUGGAGGGUGAACUACCCGCGCCGGUGAAGAGUGUUGAGAUGCCCGUGAUCCACGUGUGCAUGUGGGGCGCGGCCGGCAGCGGCAAGGACGGACAAGCAGCCGCGCGCCGCGCCGCGCUCGCGCGCGUGUGGGGCGCCGCGCUCGCCGCCUGCACCGCGCCCGCCGCGCACGACCUCGAGCGCCGCGCCGUGCUCGCGCUGCACGACGCGCACACCGCGCGCAUACAGCUGUGGGACGGAGACAGGAUGAGGGAACACAAAGUGCCAUACAUAGAGGUGUUAGACUUCAUUAAGCAGAAACUGGUUCCGGAAUCAGCGCGGUCAAACGACACCAACACGGCGCCUAACAGGUCUAUCAGUUGGUCAGACACAGAGAAGUACAGCGGGCCGAUAACGUCAGUCACUUUUAUAACAGCAAAUGAUAGAAUGACGAAGAAUUCCAAACGGCAAUGUGAGAAUCAGAUAAGCAACCAGCUGAGCAGCAUCCUGUGCGGGCUGGGCGUGCAGGGCGUGCGCGUGCGCGCGGCGGCGCUGGCGCUGGCGUGCGAGGCGGCGUGCGUGCGCGCGCUGGCCGCGCAGCUCGCCGCGCCGCUCGACCACACCGACCUGCCGCACGCGUUCAGAGCCGUCGCCGCGCAAUUUCCAAAACGUCAAAACAUUUUAGACGAAGCGUGCAGAGAACUAACUAACGCAGUGAAACAAAGCAACCAGAACCGUACCAACGACGAAACUCAACUGUUCGCGUUAUACUCAAUACCGGACUCGUUAUGUAGAUUGAUUACUUGAUCUACAAUACUUUUGAAAUUAGCCAAAUAUAUCAUAAUAUUAUAAUGAAUAUACUUACUAUAGAGUGAAAUUCGUAUCAAAACAGUGAAUAUGACGUUUUCCUCAUAAAAUGAACUUGAAGAAAUCGCAAUGUCUAGGGUGUGUCGUUCACAUCUGUGUAAGCUUUUUUUUAUUGCUUCGAAUGACGAGACGAGCUUGCCGUUCGUCUGAUAGUAAGUGAUACGACUGCCCAGCAAACCACAAGCCCACCAAACAGCAGAAACACCAUCCAACACCUUGAAUAACAAAGUAUUGUUUGGUAUUCCACUGCGCUCACCAUCCUGAGACAUGAGAUGUUAAGUCUCAUUAUGUCCAGUAGUUACAUUGACUACAAUGCCCUUCAAACCGGAACACAACAGUGACUAAACACUGCUGCUUGGCGGUAGAAAUAGACAUUGCGGUUUACCUACCCAGGUGGACUCUGACAUAUGAGAGACCUACCACCAGUAAAUAAGUGGCAUAAGUGGUACAUGAACAAAGUCAGUACGUACUAAGUGAAAACCACCACGGUUUACUUUUUCAAACUGAAGUUAGUCAAGAGCGGCAUCGCUGCUGACUUCAGGUACGCCCGAUUUCAAUAAACAAUCCCUUAUCUUGGGUUCGAUCGAAAACUAAACAAGAAUUAAGUUUGACAUACUCACAGAUUACUUAUUUUAAUUGUUUUCCUCGGCAUAUGCUCGAAGAUAGAAGCUGGGAUCAUUCUUUGCUUUCCCUCGCAAGACGUAGGGAUAAAGUAAUCAAUUUAAUUUUGGACAAAUUAAAAUAACGGAUAUUGCGUUUUUUUUCUAUAAGUGUUCCUAUUAGAUCUCGUCUGUGUUUAAACUCGAAUAUUUUCUUUAAUUUGUUAACACAGGUAAUAAAGGAGGCCAGUGACUAUCAAUAUAUAUUUUGAUAACAAAAUAUAGUCCUAAUACCUUUAGCUACGAUUAUCUUAUGUUGUGGGUAUUGGGGAAUACAAAAACCUUGUGGUUUACUGAUCACAAUUAUUUUCCACCUUAGAAAUUAAAAUCCCGGAAUAUCAUUUUACAACGUUAAAAUCGCCCCCGGUGAUUGAGUCGCUUCCCGUAAUAAUCCAGAGCCACAACAAAUCCAAAGUUGAUUGAGUUAGUGUAUGGUGUGUACUACAGUCUUGUAAUGUUUUGAGGUUGAGUUGAAGUCAAAGACGAUCACUUAGCGAUUACGUUGUUUAUUUGUGUUCACAAAAGUUGUUUGUUAAAAAUAUUUAAAAAGUAAGUAAUGUUGAUUGCACGAUGGCGUUAGGUGAACUGAUGCGAAUACAUUGAUAUAAUGAAAAUAACAUAGUAACGUAAAAUGCUGACUCGCCCGUACAACUAUAGAUACACGGCGAGUUACAAUGUGCGGUUUGUAUAGCAUAAAUCAUACAGUUGGUGUUCGGCCUAUCAAUUGGAUAUAAAUGGCCUUGUGUGUCAUUUUAAAACUAGUAGCAUUUCAGCUCUCGAAGUUUUACCAAAUGGUCAUACACCCCUCUCCCCGCAACGCCCCUUAAAUUUUAGGGCGACAACAAAUCCAAAAUUUAAUGAGUUUGUCUUUGGCCUACUGCUUGGAUAUAAAUGGCCUUAUGUGUCAUUAUAAGUUGCAUUUCAGCUCUCGAAGUAUAACAAAGUUAUGUGUGAACGCAUUCAUUAAAACAAGGGUUUAGUUUAAAUUCGUUUAUUUGAGUGUUAUUAAAAUUUAACGUAUCACACCCUUAGAACUAAUGUGAUCUAACUCAAAAAAAGAUUGUGGGAAACAAAUAAAAAAGAUUUGAAAACAAUAUAAAUAUCAGUGAAUUGGGCGGUCGCGGCGAAAGUGAGAAUAUGUUUCUAUUCUAUAAAUUUGUAUUUUUAUGUAAGUUCGUUUUUUAACAAAAUUGAGAAAAUAUAAAAAUUUUGAGCUAGGUCACUUAGUUCUAAGAGUGCGAUAUAUAGGAAAUAUUAUUGGAAGAUUGUUUUGCUUUAACUCGUUGAGUUUUAUUAAUUUAAUACGUGUAUAAGACUUCACUUAUAUCAAUUAUAAAUAUGAAAUUUAAGAGAAUAAAUAAAAGUUAAGGGUGAAGUUAAUUGAAACUAAGUCAAAGAUACGCUCAUACACAUGAAAAUAUACAAAAAAUAAUUCUAUACAUACAAAAAAAUUAUAAGAAUAUUGGCAACUCUAAUAUUUUCUGUCUUAGAUUUUGUUUCGUUUCACCCUUUAACUUUCAUCCUAUAUUA